AAAAGACUCUUUGUUGAGCAGAAAGUCUUCUAAACGAUUAGAGUCAAAUAUACAUAAAGUCGUAUAUUUUAGCUUACAGAUGCUGUUUGUGUUUGUUAACUAAGUAUUAAAGAACUGACAGAUUUUUUUAUUGACUUCUGUUUUACUGAGUGAUCUUUGCUGGAAGAAGAGAGAAGUCCAGACCCAAAGAGGGACAGAGACAACAUGUCAAGUCAUGAUCCUGAGUGGACGUCCACAGAGCUUGAGUUGGUGACCCACGCGAUCCAGUCCAGAGGACCAGAAAUGGUUCCACCGACGUGUGAAUCCUGGUUCCAGUCUGUCUCCUUUACAUCCGUCCACAUGACAGAAGGAGGAACCAGGAUUCACACGAUGUGUGAAGAAGGUGAUCAUGACUGAGAUGACACACGGCCGUCGGCCCGAAGGACAAACAAGGUGGACCACAGAGACCCAACUUCCUGUUGUACAUCCAAGGUUUCCAUGGCGAUGAAGAGCUCCCAGCCAGAAAGAAAGAACAUGAACCUGGUGUGCCUGGUGGAUGUCUGAGUGGGAGUGGAGGAGAUUGAUCGGAAGAUCCAAUAAGGAGGGGACGCAGAAGGAUCCUCGCUAGGGCCCGCCUGAGACCUGGUGGUGCUGCCUGCUGGGGCAUGCUGCUAGCUGCCCUCACUGUCACUGCGAUGACCCCCCACCAGUCGAUGGAGGAAGUGGUUCAGUUUCGAAUGGGCUGGAGGAACGCAACAACAAUGAGGCCUGUUACAUUGCCAAUUUAUCAGUUAAGAAAUGCUACAACCAUAGAUAAUCGGACUAACCCUUUUAUUUACCCAGUGGACGCAUUGCCAAAGGAACUAGUAAUUAAAAAUCAUACAGCUCCACUGGUGACGACCUGCCAGGAAAAAGCACACGCUGUGGUUCGAACAGGAGAAAUCACUUGGACAAUGUUGCCCAACACUGGAAAUAAAGCUAGCCAGGCCGUUCAUCGCCUGGGGAACUGGAUGCCGGUCCCUAUAGGACCCCAAAAAGAGACUGCAAUCAUUUUACAACAACAGUUGAAAUGGCAAACUAGAUUGUUUAAUGACACUGCCGAUGUUUUAAUAAAUGUAACCAAAGCUAUUGAUGCAACUGUGUGUGGUUUACAGGUGAUAUAUUCCCGACUACAGGAGGAGAGGUUUGUACGGGUAAUAACUACACCUAACCCAAAUGAAUGGAGACGAUUGUUUGAUAUAUCUGAUGCUUUAUGGUUACAAAUAAAACCUGAACAGACUCGAUGUAAUAUGACCAUGUGUACAGUAAGUUGGAUACAGUGGAAUGUUACUCAAGUAAUCACCAUCUGUAAGUUUCAGGUAUUACCAUUGAUCGUACAUAAUAAGUAUAUGUUUUUGAGAACUCACGGUGAAUGGUUUAGUCCCCAAACCAAUCACACGUAUGACCUGACGGACUGUGAAACUACUGAUCGAGGCCAAGCCUGCCUCUUAUCUAAAGGGUAUAGAAAUCCAUGCUUUACAGGAGACACGGCACUGUGUGAAUGGUUUAUAGAACCAGCUAGCGACAUGCUAUGGCAAGUGGGCCCCAACACCCUUUGCGUAGCUACUACUCACAACCAUACUCAGUUGCCUACUGUACCGUUCUCAGGUUGUUUAAAAGGUUUACACCUAUGGCAUUGGCACAAUGUAACUUACAGGUUGACUAACUUUACCACAGAAUCUCAUCUGACGGCUGUCCAGUGGAAAGUGUUACACCUACCAUGGCGAAUUUCUCUGGAGCGUUUCCAAAGUGUACUGUCUCGCUCCCGUGAUCUUAAAGAUAUUAUGUCUAGCCAUUCUCAGAAUGUUACCCGUGCCUUAGUAACAACUCUAGUUAACCGGGAACAGGUUUUGCAUGCAGCAAGGAUGGUGGAGAUGGACAGUGCUCAUCACUGGUGGGACAUUUUUUCAGGAAUGUCUGUCACCGCUAGAACAUAUGUAGCUCCACCAUUAUUGAUUCUUGUGGCUAUUUUAUGUGUAUUGACGCUAUGCAAUGUAUUAACAUGUCUUUAUAUACGCCGGAUUAAACAACGAUUGUCUAGGACCAUAUGAUGCACAUACAUAUUUUAGCAGAAGAUGGACCUUAUGGAACGAUGUGUUAUCAUGUAACUGUGGAUACAGAUACUGAUGUAGAUCAGUUCACUUAUAUGCACUGGAGUAAUCAAGAUCGAUGGGUGCACAAUGAUGUAUUUGCCACGCGAAUGGAGUUGUUAGAUUUCGUGUGUCAUUGGGUCAAUACUAUCUGCCAGGAGUAUCAACAUGCUCCUGGCCAUACUGAAGAUGAUGAUGUUAUCUGGGAAGGUGAAGGUUUUAUGAAUUAAGGCCAUUUUAGGCCAGAGGUGGAAUGAUAUGGGAAUAUCUAAUUUGUGUCCUAAAAUGACCAUCUGUAUACUAUUGGUGUUAUAUAACUGCUUGUUCCCAAGUGACCACCUGCAUGUUAUAUUAUUCUGCUUGUUUUGGGAACUGUGUA